GUGUAUGCACCAAGAGCUUGCAACAAAACUAAAGCACCCAGUGAGCUCCAGAAAGAAGAAGCCAUGGCUGCAGUGAUAUUGGAGAGCAUCUUUCUGAAGCGAUCCCAGCAGAAAAAGAAAACAUCACCUUUAAACUUCAAGAAGCGCCUCUUUCUCUUGACCGUGCAAAAACUUUCCUACUAUGAGUAUGACUUUGAACGUGGGAGAAGAGGCAGUAAGAAGGGUUCAAUAGAUGUUGAGAAGAUCACCUGUGUUGAAACAGUGGUUCCUGAGAAAAAUCCUCCCCCCGAAAGACAGAUUCCGAGAAGGGGAGAAGAGUGCAGUGAAAUGGAGCAGAUUUCAAUUAUUGAAAGGUUCCCUUACCCCUUCCAGGUUGUAUAUGAUGAAGGGCCUCUCUAUGUCUUCUCCCCAACUGAAGAACUGAGGAAGCGUUGGAUUCACCAGCUCAAAAAUGUAAUCCGGUACAACAGUGAUCUGGUACAGAAAUACCACCCUUGCUUCUGGAUCGAUGGGCAGUAUCUCUGCUGCUCUCAGACAGCCAAAAAUGCUAUGGGCUGCCAAAUUUUGGAGAACAGGAAUGGAAGCUUAAAACCUGGGAGUUCGCACAGAAAGACAAAAAAGCCUCUUCCUCCCACGCCUGAGGAGGACCAGAUCUUAAAAAAGCCACUGCCCCCUGAGCCAACAGCAGCACCUGUCUCGACAAGUGAGCUGAAAAAAGUUGUAGCCCUUUAUGACUACAUGCCAAUGAAUGCAAAUGAUCUACAGCUGCGGAAGGGCAACGAAUAUUUUAUCCUGGAGGAGAGCAACUUACCCUGGUGGCGAGCCCAGGAUAAAAAUGGGCAGGAAGGCUACAUCCCUAGUAACUAUGUAACCGGGGCAGAGGACUCCAUAGAAAUGUAUGAGUGGUAUUCCAAACACAUGACUCGGAGUCAAGCUGAGCAACUGCUAAAGCAAGAGGGGAAAGAAGGAGGCUUCAUUGUUAGAGACUCCAGCAAAGCUGGAAAAUAUACUGUGUCUGUGUUUGCCAAAUCUACAGGGGAACCUCAAGGGGUGAUACGCCAUUAUGUUGUGUGUUCCACACCUCAGAGCCAGUAUUACCUGGCUGAGAAGCACCUUUUCAGCACCAUCCCUGAGCUUAUUAACUACCAUCAGCAUAACUCGGCAGGACUCAUAUCUAGGCUCAAAUAUCCAGUGUCUCAACAAAACAAGAAUGCGCCUUCCACUGCAGGCCUGGGCUAUGGAUCGUGGGAAAUCGAUCCAAAGGACCUGACCUUCUUGAAGGAGCUGGGGACUGGACAAUUUGGAGUAGUGAAGUAUGGGAAAUGGAGGGGCCGGUAUGACGUGGCCGUCAAAAUGAUCAAAGAAGGCUCCAUGUCUGAGGAUGAGUUCAUUGAAGAAGCCAAAGUCAUGAUGAAUCUGUCCCAUGAGAAACUGGUGCAGUUGUACGGCGUCUGCACUAAACAGCGCCCCAUCUUCAUCAUCACUGAGUACAUGGCCAAUGGCUGCCUCCUGAACUACCUGAGGGAGAUGCGCCACCGCUUCCAGACUCAGCAGCUGCUGGAGAUGUGCAAGGAUGUCUGUGAAGCCAUGGAAUACCUGGAGUCAAAGCAGUUCCUCCACCGAGACCUGGCGGCCCGAAACUGUUUGGUAAACGAUCAAGGAGUUGUUAAAGUAUCUGACUUCGGCCUGUCCAGGUAUGUUCUGGAUGAUGAAUACACAAGCUCAGUAGGCUCCAAAUUUCCAGUCCGGUGGUCUCCACCAGAAGUUCUUAUGUACAGCAAGUUCAGCAGCAAAUCUGACAUUUGGGCUUUUGGGGUGCUGAUGUGGGAAAUUUACUCUCUGGGGAAGAUGCCAUAUGAAAGAUUUACUAACAGUGAAACAGCUGAACACAUUGCCCAAGGCCUACGUCUCUACCGGCCUCAUCUCGCUUCAGAGAGGGUAUAUACCAUCAUGUAUAGCUGCUGGCAUGAGAAAGCAGAUGAACGUCCCACCUUCAAAAUUCUUCUGAGCAACAUUCUAGAUGUCAUGGAUGAAGAAUCCUGA